UUCCGAUUUAUUCGCGAUUUUCGUGCCUGUCACCAAAACGCCCCCAUUGUUCCGGUUCGAUUACGACUCGUUUUAGCCCCAUUCCGAUACAAAGCGUUACGAUACACCCCUCUUAAUAAAACUUGUUUAAAGUUAUGGUCACUUUUAGGGAUAACUCGAAGCAAAAUCAAGAAAAUAAUCAAUUAUUAAUCAGAAAUGUGAAUAAGAAGCAAGAGCAACAAUUAAAUAGGGAGAUGUUGGAAAAGUUUUGGCCGUGGAAUAAACCUGUUCAUCCCCGCGGGUUAGGGAAUUUAAGAAUGGAAGAGAUUUUCCCGGAUGAUGAGCUACAAAAGUGUAAAAGAUUAACUGGGAGUUUAAAUUUGGGGAAACCCGGUGGGGGGGCUCCACAUCGAAUACGAACUUUAGAAGAUCCGUUGUUAAGGUUUCAAUGGAACAAAGAUUUAAGAAAUGCCGUUGAAAAUAACAUUCGUUACAAAAAGAAUCGGCUGGAGCAAGAGGAGUACAAAAAACAUUUGGAUAAAAUCGUGUACGAGCGCAAAAAAUUAAAAGAAAAAGAAAAAAGGGACGAUUUGAAACAAAACGUCGAUCUUAUGGCGAAAACCCCACCUUGGGGCAAACCGGGACCCGGAGGAAUCCUUUGGAGGCAACCUAAAGAUAUCGGGUUAAAUUUUCUUCAAUCAAUGGGUUGGUCUGAUGAACAAACUUUAAACCAAUUAGACAACGAUUAUAAAAAGUUAAAACCCAAAGAACAGUUUAAAUUUCCUUCCAAACCGCUUUAUUCAAAAAAAUACGAAGUUAAUAAAAAAAUCGUCGAUAUAAAACCAUACAGGCUCAGCCCUUUGCGUUCUUGUAAAGGUUCUGGAGACGAUUUAGUAAAUUUAAUCGCCAAGAAACGAUAUCCACCGUUAAUUCCGUUAAUUAGCACAGAUAUAACGAAAGAAAAGCGAUGUUUAACUUAUUACAUAAAACUCCAAGAACAAAACAAAAAUUACUUGAACGAACUCACUAAACAAAUGUCGAAGAAAUUAGACGAUAUCAAAAAAAUUAAAGAAGACGAUUUGUGCUAUUCGAAGAUGCAUUUUACCACGUGGAAUCAGUUUUGGGGGAAACCGGGUCACGGCGCGCCGAAAUCGGUGAAGAAGAAAGGUCAUUUAGAGAAACUGCUCUUUCCUCAGUUGGUUUCCGCGGUUUGAACCUUCGUAAAAAGGAAAUUAAUUACGAAAACCGCAAGUUAUGUAUUAAAAUUAAUAAAUAAAAAAAUGUGAAAGUAA